AUGCUGGUAAGGGGAAAGCUGGAAAACCGAGAGAACCUCAAACUCAUGACUUCUAGUGAUCCAUGUCGAGACCUACAUCACAAAUGUGCGCCCAUCCCUUCCUCCGACCCGUUCAUCACUAAUGACCUGCAGGUGACGGGAUUGUACCAAAUUGCAGCCGAUGCGCUCGUACGGGACGAGCAUGUACACGCGGUCGACGAGAGACCAGAUUUCGACAGGCGAAGGGUCGAUCUACUCGCGAACGUUUUCCCAGCAAUCAGGUGUGGCUACGGCCGCCACCCAGAGGUGGGAGCGCCAUGCGGAAUGUGCACGAUAGGAUCUGACCGACCGGAUUUGAUAGUUGACUUCGUGCUCGAAUCUGGUAGCGGAGAGCCGGACGAUGGGAUCGAGAGACCGCCUGAUAUUUCCGCACAGCAGAGGGAAACACUGGGGGACGCCGAUGCCGAUGCCGAAUCGAUGCCUCUGCCGGAGAGGCAAGCCACAACUCCACCGCAAUGCCAUGGUCCCAAACUCCAAAGACACAAUGGGAGAAGCAGUCGACUCUCAUCCGUGUCGGUAAGCGACGUACUGGAACGGCCUCGCCAACCGCGAUCCUGGCCAUUGAGAGAUCCGCAAGAGGCCUACCUCCUGCAACAUUUUGUGGAUAAGAUCGCACCAUUUUUCGAUUGCACCGAUCGCCAGCAGCACUUUGCCGUCUACAUCCCGUAUCGCGCCCGUCGAUGUGAGACACUAUUCAAUGCAAUGCUCGCCAUGUCGGCUCGUCAUUUGAAUCGUACCGCCUCGUUUGAUCCUUUCGUCUCAGAUCAUUAUUAUCAAGCAUGUUUGGAGAAAUUGAUACCCGCGCUGGAUGAUCACGGCGUCACGAUGGAUGAUGAUUUGCUUGCUGCGACAGUCAUCUUACGCUUGCUGGAAGAAUUUGAUGUUCCAUUGGCUGGGUCUGAUCUUCGUGGACACUCCUUUGGAACAAAAGCGUUUAUCCAGGGACCAUCGUCGAUGACCACGACGCCAAGUCUACGGCAGGCUGUUUAUUGGAGCGGUCUUCGCCAGGAGAUUUACAAUGCACUCUGCCUCCAACAAGCGCCUGAUAUCGACAUGAGCUCCCUGAAUUCACACUUCGGCCCCUUGGGGCCAGAUGCCGGCGACUGCGCAUGGGCCAACCAGGCAAUUGCGCAUUGUGCAGAGGUGUUGGUUUUUUGUUUUGGGCCAGCCCAUCGCUCGGCUAUUGUGCAUGAAGAGCUGAAAGCCCAGAAUCAACAGUGGAACGAAACACGUCCGUCUACCUUCGACCCAUAUUUUGUCGGCGGCGAGGUGGAGGUGGGCACCAGCUUUCCUGACAUUCGAUUCGGAUGUGCCUGGCAUGCAAUUGGAAAUCAGUACAACGAUCUUGCGCGGAUUCUCCUGUCUGUGCACGACCCCAAUCUGCCGACGGUUGGACCUUUGCGCAGACGUCUAGUUCAGGAGGCAGAUGAGCAAAUUCGCCAAAAAGUUUGGGCAGUAUGCGGCGCUGCAUUAUCUAAUGCCUCUAUAGCCCCCGCCAUGGUGGUUGGAUGUCUGGCGAUUCACCUUUGCGGUGAUCGGUUCACGGACCCACAGCAACAGGACCAUUUGAUCCAUGUUCUUCUUCAAAUGGAUGCACUUCAUGGUUGGCCAACUGAUGCGCUCCAGCGAGAGCUUCGGGAGACCUGGGUCGUGCGUUGA